GAUACAUUGGCGGUCGCUCUUGUGCAGUCAACCAUGGAGGCGUCUUCAUCCCGCCAAUCCAACAUGGAUUUGUCGCUGGAUGAUCUGCUGUUCUCCGUCGGGGACGACUCCGCAAUGGCCGUGCCCUACGAUGAGGCUGACGACAUGAUCCCUCAGUCUCGCAGCCCGUCGAGUGAGUUGGGCGCCUUCAACGUCAUCCAUGGAAUUGAUUCGACGGCAACUCUAGCCAUGGAAAACUCAACCCAAAACAGGACCAAUAUCGACUGGCAGGCCAGUUUUGAGCAGGCAAAGGCGGUCGCAGCGGAGACAGAUGUUGAUUCAGCACAACCGGACGCUGGCUUCUCAUUCUUGGACCAACUUGGCGGCGAGAUGGAGAUGGAUGCAUCGAAACACGAGGAUUCCAGCGCGCCAAAUCCUCCCAUGACGGCCAUCGACGAAUUUUUCAUUAAACGCGGCGCUUACAGACCGCUGGCUCCCUGCAACCAUUGUCGCCGCCGUCGCCUCCAAUGUCUCAUCCUCCAGACGACUGCCGUCAACCCCAACCCCACCAAAUCAUGCUCCAGUUGCGUUGCUUUGUUCCGGGAAUGUAGUCUGUCAGGCCGAGAGAAGCGCGACCCCUCGGCCUUUGAGACAUCGUGGCCUGUCAUCGGCCACCUUCACGGCGUGAGCGAGCAAGGGAGUUCCUUUGAGCUGCUGGAGGAGGGGCAGUCGAGCCAACCGAUGGCGAGGGGGGCGUCGGUGUCCGCCCUGUCGAGCAAGAGGACGAACACGCGAUCUGUGCGGAAGACGCGGGUGUUGAGGCACUGGUUUGCCAGCCACAUCGAUCAUCCGUAUCCAUCAGAGGAAGAAAAGGUCGCUCUGUCAGGGCAAUCCGGCUUGAGUAAGAGCCAGGUGGUAAACUGGUUCGCCAAUACUAGGCGUCGGCAUCGACUGUCCGCUCACUCACAGAGCAACCAAGGUAGCAAAAUAUUCCUCCAGGGAUCUCCGAUGCCGCAUCAAUUAGGCAUGUCUCCAAUGGAGCGAUGGCGGAAUUCCCCCCCGGAGGAGGACCCAGCGUCGGCUUCUGCUAUCGAGAGUGCCCUUUCUACGCACUCAAGCAGUCAUGGCUCUGCGGAAAAUUUCGACUUGAGCUUCUUGGACCGCCCUGGUUCCUCCGCGAGUGCAGACUCGUUGCGGUAUCCUAAACAUAGCUUAAACGACAUGUCAUCUAACUCUGCCUCAUCUUGUUACUCGAAUAGGUCUGCCAUCGAACCAGCUUUCAUCUCGCGCUCUGCGAAUAGCUCAGCUGGUGAAGGCUCCACACUCUCUCGACGACCAAAUUCAAGAUCAAAAAGCACAAAGUUUCAAGCCUUUCAAUGCACAUUCUGCCGCCAGAGCUACAAGAAAAAGUACGACUGGGUUCGGCAUGAACGAUCCAUCCAUCUUCCGGGUCUUGAUUCUUGGGUCUGCUCGACUCCAGUGCCCCCUGAUCAAUCCUACCUCGUCUGGCGCAUGAACGAGAGCAACCCCCAGUGCGUGUUUUGCGGCCACGCUUCGCCAACCGAUGAUCAUAUUCAAUCGCACGAAUUUGACACCUGCGCCGAGAGGCCCGUAUCGGAGCGUAAAUUUACCCGCAAGGACCAUCUAUGGCAGCACCUCAUCAAGUUUCACCGGUGCCAGAAGUGGGAUGGCUUCAAGCCAGACCUAAGCCUGCUUCAGCAUCGGCAAGAUAAGAUCCACAGCCGGUGUGGAUUCUGUCAGAUGGCCACCGAGAGCUGGGAAGACAGGAUGGAUCAUCUGGCUUUGCAUUUUCGGUCCGGACUGACUAUGGAGAGCUGGACGGGUGGUUGUGGGAUUGAUGAUGUCGAGGAUCAUGGGUGUUGAGUCGACUUGGUCACAAGGCCAACUUGAUUUUAUUCGAAUGUUGAUUCAUUAAUGUAUUUAUAAUUUUGCACAUCCAUUCUUAAACAUAGGAUAUGUUGUUAUGAUAUCCACAAGAAUAUAGAGCUUAUUCUUCCAACCAGGUUGACACACAGCAAGCUUCCCCGACCUGGCUAACAUUUUGUUUCUGUUGCUAGGGCCGGGGAUUAGUAUAUCGAUAGAAGAAUAACACGAAUUGUUGAGACUUGUCUCGAUAGGGACGUCUGGCAAGAUAGUUCAAUGCUAUGUUAAUAAUAAAGUUGUACUAUUUUAGCUCGCUGAAAGCUCGCUGCUGCUAACAAAAACAACAAGAACGGCGGCAUAUGCAGCUGUGGAAGCGAA